UUAGGCUCCUUUAUGGUGCACAGUGAGUGCAGUCCCAAGGACGGAGAGACUCAAUCGCGUUUUACUUUUGUGUUUGGAUUUUGUGUUGGAUUUAUUUUUGUAGUGGAAUAUCGUGUAGUGCUGUGCCUUGAAACAUUGUACCACGUUCUGAUGUGUUAUCCUGUGUGGGCAUCUCAAGUGUGCAGUGUUUAUGCCCAGGAGUGAUUUACGUUUAUUUUCCUUGUGUGAUUAUUUUUGCCUUUUGUGUUCGUUUGAUUUGCUUUCGGGUUCUCUCUGCUUUGAGUGCUGUAGUCAGUGUGCAACUCUGUAUCUCUGGGCCUUUGGGGGGGAGAGCUUGUCACCUGCGUCUGUCUGCUGCCUUAUUGAACUGCUUUGAGUUGCUUGUGCAUCUCCCCGUACUUCUGUAAAUAAACUUCUAAAACGUUAUCCUGCUUGGUGUCUGUGUUUUUGAGAGGUCCAACCUGUGGCGUUGUUACACACAUCGACCCGACAACUUUGGCGUAGUCUGCAUGACCUCUUAAAAAUACACCACCAUGACAGAGAGACGACAGGCUGGCGCAGGUGCUAGUGGUGGGGAAGCAGCCCCUGUAAUUAAUAAUAUGAUGAUGGUGCCAUGGUUUUUGGGGGGGCCAUGGGUGCCGAAAUUUGGGGAGAAAAAUGGGCCUUUGUUAAAGGAAUGGCGUGGCCAGAUGGAGAUUUACCUAAGAGCACAGACAUUGACUGCAGCACAAGAAGUUGAUUUUAUACUAAGUGCCCUGCAGGGGGAUGCUAAAAGAGAAGUGUCCUUAUUACCAGCCACGGACAAAGACACGGCAGAAAAGAUUUUUGCUACAUUAGAAAAAAUAUAUGGGGACAAUAAAUCUGUUAGUCAUAUCAGGGCAAAAUUUUUUAAGUGUCAGCAACAAGCAGGAGAGGGGGUGGGGCCAUUCAUACUGCGUCUCCGUGAGUCUCAUUCCAGGUGGCGAAAGAAGGAGCCCGUGGUGGGAUCAGACGACGAGAUGCUGAGGGGACAGCUGGUGCUGGGACUGCAGCCAGGGCCUAUACAAACCGAGCUUCAGAGAAGAGUGCGCAGAGAAACGACCCUCACCUUCAACGACGCCUGUAAGGAAGCCAAGGCGAUGGAAAAAGAAAUGGAGAAGGCCCAUGCAACAAAUGAGGUGGACACACGACGCACAUACAGCAGCAAACCCCAGCCCCCGCCCCCUUCAAGUGAGCCGUUGCAAGACCUCAGUAGCCUCAAGCAAGCAUUGCGGGCUGAGCUAGCAGAAGAAUUAAAGGCCCAAGUGACUGAUUUAAAGACUGCCCUCCUGACUGAGCUACAAGCCCAACGGAUGGUCCCAGCAGCGGCAGCAGGUCGCCAGACGGAGCCUGCUAACACAGGGGGCGGUAGUGGCUCAAUGGGUGCACGCCCACGGCGAAGGCCUAGAGUACCUCAAUGGGAUGACCGAGGCCGACCCAUAUGCCUAGGAUGUGGACAGGCGGGCCACAUGCUACGAGACUGCUCUACGCGGGUGUCUGCUGACCAGCGGAGAGUGUCUUCCCCCACGGAUACGCCUGCUCCAGUCGAGAGCCCAGCAAAGGCGGCACUGGUGGGUGAGUGCCCUGAGGUUGAGGUCCUGGUUCAAGGUAAGCCCAUCCCAUGCAUCCUUGAUACCGGGUCCCAAGUAACCUUGUUUAGUCAGGGCCUCCUGAAACGUCACUUUGGCGAUGUCCGCAUGAAAGACGUCGCAGAGGUCCCAUGGCUAACCCUUAAAGCAGCCAAUGGGCUUGCGCUCCCUUAUGUAGGCUAUGCCCUAUUGGAUUUUGAAGUGGGAGGCAUUAGAGUCCCAGGGAAGGGGGUUAUUGUGGUGGAAGACCGCUACUUGCCACCAAAUUAUGCAGUACUAGGCAUGAAUGUAAUUCAGUAUUGCUGGGAAGGCCUACGCCAGAGGGGGGGGCACCAAAUUGCCUUAUUCAAAUCUACUCUUCCUAGGGAGGCGACUGUGGCAUGGGAGCAGGCGUUUGCCGCUUGCCGGCGAGUGAAAGCAGAGGAACAGCGGGGCCCAAGCCUGGGAGUAGCCCGUCUCCGCACAAGUGAUCCAGUCCGGCUGGCCCCCCAAACAGAGACUGCCAUAUGGGCGCAUGUUCCCGAAGCCCCGAAGACGAGUCAAGGAAGCGUGCUCCUGGAGGAUUGCUACCAGGGGGCACAAGAGUGGUGUGUGGGCCGGGCGGUCACACAAGUGCAGGAUGGGCGUGUCCUUUUGAGGGUGUGCAACCCUCACCCUUACCACGUCGACCUUCCCCCCCGCCGCCCCUUAGCCCGAGUCUUGCGGCUGACCCAGGAGGAGAUUCAGGUGCCUAACCAACUAGUACUUCGUCAAGAAGAUGACUCUGUGGUGGAAGUAGAUGUCCGCCCUCUGGAUAGCGCCCUUCCAGACCACCUAACUGGCCUGAUGGAUCAGGUAGAAGGACUUACUCCAGCUCAGCGACAGCGCUUACAGGAGUUGCUGGGACUGUGGCAAGGCAUCUUUGCCCAGAGUGAGGAAGACUAUGGCCGGACUAGUGCAGUCUAUCACACCAUACCCACCGGAAAUGCAGCUCCCAUCCGCCAGCGGUAUCGCCCUGUCCCGCCCAGUCUGUACAGCGAAUUAAGGACGCUACUGCAAGGAAUGCUGGAGGGGGGCGUCAUCAAGGAGAGCUCUAGCCCAUGGGCUGCACCGGUAGUCCUGGUGAAAAAGAAGGAUGGCUCGUGGAGAUUUUGCGUGGACUACCGCAAAUUGAAUGAGGUAACUCACAAGGAUGCCUUCCCCCUCCCACGAGUUGAAGAGUCCUUGACCAGCCUCAAGAAAGCAGAGUGGUACUCGACCCUCGACCUGGCCAGUGGGUAUUGGCAAGUUGAGGUACACCCAUCGGAUAAGGAGAAGACCGCCUUUGCCACCCCAGUAGGUCUGUAUCAGUUCGAGAGAAUGCCGUUCGGGCUAUGCAAUGCUCCUGCAACUUUUCAAAGAUUGAUGCAGAGAUGCCUUGGGGGAAAGGUGCAUGAUUUCUUGCUUAUUUAUUUGGACGACGUGAUCUUGUACUCACCUGACUUUGAUUCCCAUCUAGACCACCUGGAGCAGGUCUUCACAAGGUUGCAGGAGCACGGCCUGAAGCUGCAGCCCCUCAAGUGUCACCUGUUCCAGAGGUCAGUACAGUACCUGGGCCAUGUCGUUGGGAGGGGGGGUGUGGCCACAGACCCGGACAAAACUCAAGCUGUACAGCAGUGGCCAACCCCAACGACGGUACGGGAGGUGCGAUCCUUCCUCGGGUUUGUGGGGUAUUAUCGGAGGUUUAUCCCCGCUUUUGCACAGAAAGCUGCUCCAUUACAUGCGCUGUUGAGGGGAACGGGUGGGAAGAAGACCAAGGCCAUUGAUUGGACCACGGAGUGUGAGAAAGCUUUUGCCAUCUUAAAGCAAGCCCUCCUGAGUGCCCCAAUACUAGCCUAUGCAGACUUUACCCUGCCCUUCCGACUCUACACAGAUGCCAGCCUGCAUGGUCUGGGAGCAGUGCUGGCCCAGCUGCAGGACGGCCAAGAGCGGGUGAUCGCCUACGCAAGCCGUGGCCUCCAUGAUGCAGAAAAGAACGACCAAAAUUAUAGUGCGUUUAAGCUGGAACUUCUUGCCCUGAAAUGGGCAGUGACUGAAAAGUUCAAGGACUACUUGUGGGGGGCCAAGUUUCACAUCUACACUGAUCACCGACCGCUGCUCCACUUGCGCACCGCCAAGCUGGGUGCCGUGGAGCAGCGUUGGGCUGCACAGUUGGCUAACUUUGACUUUUCCUUGUCGCACAAACCAGGUUCCGAGCACCAGAAUGCCGACGGCCUCUCCAGGCUCCAGGAGGCACUGCGGUCGGGGCGGGUAGAGGCGCCAGCACCUCUCCCCAAUGGCCCCGGCAAUGGCACCUGGACUGAAUGUCAGGGAGCUGACCACGACCUCGUCCGUAUACGACGCUGGGUGCAGCAGGGGCACGAGCCAACGACCGCAGAACGUCUGUCCCUCCAGCCACCGGGUCGGCAGCUGUUGGGUGAGUGGGCGCAACUCCGAGUCCAGGAGGGGGUGCUGAUGCGCAAGAGUCCGGCCAGCGGAGCAUUGAGAGGAACGCUCGCUGUUGUGGUGCCCAUGCUGGAGAGGAAGCGGGUGUGGACGCUCUACCAUGAGUCCUUGGGGCAUGCAAAGGGCAGGCGAUUACUCGAGGCACUACAGGAGAGACUGUUUUGGAAUGGCAUGAGUAGGGACAAUCGGGAGUGGGGGCGGAACUGCCAUCAGUGCGGCCUCAAUAGUGCUGCUGAAGGCCCCCAGGCACCAAUGUGCUCCAUAGAUAGCAGUUACCCCUGGGAGACGCUAGCUUUGGACUAUUUAUCUCUGGGCCGCCCUGGUGACCGGUACCCAUAUAUCCUGGUGAUGGUGGAUUUAUUCUCCCGGUUUGCCUUUGCAGUGCCGACAAGAGAUCAGACUGCACCAACCACAGCCAAGGUGUUGUGGUCCACGGUCUUCCGAUCAUUCGGGUGCCCGGAAAGAAUCCUGACAGACCAGGGGCCGGCCUUUGAGGCGGAAUUGACUCAACAGUUGUGCACCCUGUAUGGGUGCCGGAAGGUGAGAACUACACCGUAUCGCCCCCAGGGCAAUGGCGCAUGUGAGCGCAUGAAUCAGACCAUCUUGAAACUACUCAACACUUUACCACCGGCCGAACAAAGCCGUUGGAGCGAGCAUUUGCAAGAGUUGGUGCACGCAUACAAUAACACACCCCACAGUACCACGGGAUUGGCUCCCUUCUUUGUGGUUUUUGGCAGGCAUGCCCGUCUGCCCAUUGACCAAAUGAUGGGGAUAGACUGGCCUGAGCAGAGGGCCCAACCGCUGGAAUGGGUGAAGCACCACCAGGCACGGCUGAAGUCGGCAUACCAGAUGGUGAGGGAGGGGGCUCAACAACAGCAGCAACAGGAUCAAGAACGUCGUAACCGGGGGAAAAGGGCCCUGCCUUUGUUACCGGGGGAACGCGUCUUGGUCCGGGAUUUCCGGCGACGGACAAGAGGAAAGCUUGGGUACCACUGGGGGACACAACCCUAUGUGGUGCUGACCCAAGUCUCACCAGACCGGCCAGUGUACACCAUAAGACCCGAGGGCCAGAACGGGCCCACCCGGACCAUCCAUCGGAAUCAUCUUCGUGUCCAACCAAGCGCCUGGAGAGAAGAAGGUGAGACUCAUGGAGGCGCAGGUGAGAUGGUAAGGGGGGCUAUGGGGGGUGCAGGGAUGGGGUGGUGGCCAGUCAGCGUAGUGGCUCCCCCGAGCCAGCCUGGGCCGUCUUUGGUCCAGGUCGAGGUAGAGCAGGCGGGUGUCCCAGAGGAAUCGGGGGGGGAUUUAGCUGACCAGUUGGCUGAGCAAGUUGCAGCCCCCCGCAGGUCACAAAGGUCAAAUUUAGGUGUUAGGCCUACGAGGUACCAUUAGCGUGGUCGGGACGACCAUCGAUUAGGUGGGGGGGAAUGUCAUGUGGUGGGAUUGGUUAUUGAAUCGUGUGCAUGCAUGUACUGUAUGAUUGGUGUGGGACACUGUUAUUUGUGGGCUGAUGGUGAACUUACAGCUGUCACUUAUCAUGGACUAAUGGACAGCAAAUUAGGUGAUGGGACUGGACUACGGGGCGGUGGCUGAUUGGCCAGGAGGGAAAGGGAAUUCCUUUUUUUAUAGGGUGAAUGCGGCAGGAUCGAGAGGCCGGAGGGAACCCCCAUGACGUCAUCGCGGCGAUCAGCUGAGCAGAGCAGGACCGGCGGCUGGCGUGUUGUAUUGAUAUGCGUGUGGUCACGCCAACUAAAGGAAAGUGAUUUCGCCAUUUAUUGAGUUUGUGUGACUGGGCCAAUGCUGGGCUGGCUAUGCCCUGAAAGCUCUGUUCUUGUUGAAGGCGAUCGACUGCGGCUGGACGCGUGAUGGAGCAGCGCGCCGGAGCAGAGGGAGAUCGGAGAGGAUGAUGCGGAAAUCAUGAUAUGCGUGUUACACGCCAGCCAAAGGAAAGUACCCAUUGCCUGGCCUGAUAUACUGUGUGUGUGUGGGUCAAUGGGAGUUUAGCUCUGCGCUGAUUUGGGGUUCUCUUUACUGCUUGCCAGGGAGUCUGCUGCGCCUGGGAGUCGGAGUGACUGGAACCAGGAAGUGGACUGUCGGGGUCCUGGGUUUACCUGCCGUAGCCUACCUGUGACUGAGGACGGGACUGUUCACUGAACUGCACUGGGACGUCGUGGAACUCAAGGGGGGGAUUUUGUUUUGUUGUUUUGUUUUUGUUUUCUUUUGGUCGGCGAGGGGCGAUCCGCCGACCAACUUAUUUUUCCUUGGACUUGGGUACGGGAGAUCACUGCGCUCGAGGUGGCGCAGCGUUCGUGGGUAAGCAAAACUUCCCUCUAUUUACGCCCGGGUCAACUUUGCCUGAUUAGGCUCCUUUAUGGUGCACAGUGAGUGCAGUCCCAAGGACGGAGAGACUCAAUCGCGUUUUACUUUUGUGUUUGGAUUUUGUGUUGGAUUUAUUUUUGUAGUGGAAUAUCGUGUAGUGCUGUGCCUUGAAACAUUGUACCACGUUCUGAUGUGUUAUCCUGUGUGGGCAUCUCAAGUGUGCAGUGUUUAUGCCCAGGAGUGAUUUACGUUUAUUUUCCUUGUGUGAUUAUUUUUGCCUUUUGUGUUCGUUUGAUUUGCUUUCGGGUUCUCUCUGCUUUGAGUGCUGUAGUCAGUGUGCAACUCUGUAUCUCUGGGCCUUUGGGGGGGAGAGCUUGUCACCUGCGUCUGUCUGCUGCCUUAUUGAACUGCUUUGAGUUGCUUGUGCAUCUCCCCGUACUUCUGUAAAUAAACUUCUAAAACGUUAUCCUGCUUGGUGUCUGUGUUUUUGAGAGGUCCAACCUGUGGCGUUGUUACACACAU